AUGGUAUUGCUUUUUUUUAUUCACAAUAACCAUAUCUAUCUAUCUAUCUAUCUAUCUAUCUAUCUAAUUCUGUUAAUAUCUCUCUCAUUCUGCUCAUAUCUAUCUAUCUAUCUAUCUAUCUAUCUAUCUAUCUAUCUAUCUCAUUCUGUUAAUAUCUCUCUCAUUCUGUUCACAUCUAUCUAUCAAUAUACAAAAUUCUUGAGUUCUUCCAUUUUUUCUUUCACACUUCAUUCACCUAUAUUAAUCUGUCUCUCUGUCCUUUACCUGCUUCCUCUCUCUGUGAUCGAUAUAUAUUGGUCUUUCUUCCUCUCCAACCACUAUCUAUCUAUCUAUCUAUCUAUAUCUAUCUAUCUGUCUGUCUGUCUAUAUAUCUAUCUCAGCGUAAUCUAUCUAUCUAUCUAUCUAUCUAUCUAUCUAUCUAUCUAUCUAUCUAUCUGUCUGUCUGUCUGUCUGUCUAUCUCAGUGUGUUCAUAUCUAUCUUGCUGUCUGUCUCAGAAAAUCUCUCUCUCUCUCGCUCUAAUCUAUCUAUCUAUCUAUCUAUCUAUCUAUCUAUCUAUCUAUCUAUCUAUCUAUCUGUCUGUCUAUCUCAGUGAGUUCAUAUCUAUCUUGCUCUUCUAUCUAUCUAUGUAUCUAUCUAUCUAUCUAUCUCAGCAUAUUCGUAUAUAUGUAGGUAUCUGUCUCAGAAUCUAUCUAUCUAUCUAUCUAUCUAUCUAUCUAUCUAUCUAUCUAUCUGUCUGUCUGUCUGUCUAUCUCACUUCUAUCUAUCUAUGUAUCUAUCUAUCUAUCUAUCUAUCUCAGCAUAUUCGUAUAUAUGUAGGUGUCUGUCUCAGAAUCUAUCUAUCUAUCUAUCUAUCUAUCUAUCUAUCUAUGUAUGUAUGUGCUUUUUCCCGUGAUAUUUUCUUUCUGUCUCUCUAUCUAUCUCUCUCUCUCUCUCUCUAUCUAUCUAUCUAUCUAUCUAUCUAUCUAUCUAUCUAUAUAUGUACACCUGUUUGA